GACAGCGUCGGCUGCCGAAGGCUUUAGUUGCUACAUGCGCCCAAUAAUCUUCUCCAAAAUGGAUUUUAGUCAUAGCAGUCUUUUUGGAUACAUAGAAGACCUGCAGGAACUAACUAUUAUAGAGAGGCCAGUACGCAGGAGCCUGAAGACAGCAGAAGAAAUAGAAAGAUUGACAGUUGAUGAAGAACUCAGUGAUAUUGAAAGGGCUCUUUUUCUACUCAGUUCUGGCCAGGAUAUCCAAGGAACAAGUGUGGUGGCAAAUCUUCCAGUCCUUAUGAGACAGAAUCCUGCAGAAACACUUCGUCGGGUUUUACCAAAAAUCAGGGAGGUUCUGCAUGUUGCAGGAGUGGAAAUGCAGUUAACAGCUGCUGUUUCUUUUUUGACUGUUCUGCAAGAGGAGUCGGUGUCCAUUCAUACGUACUCCCACUCCUUCCUACACAUCAUUCUCCAGAACCUGGAACACAGAGAUGCAGGUGUCAGCAAUGCAUGGUUAGAAACUCUUCUUGCUGUAAUAGAAGCUUUACCAAAAGAAACUAUCAGACAUGAGAUCCUGAAUCCACUUGUUUCCAAAGCACAGCUUUCUCAAACACUUCAGUCCCGCUUAGUUAGUUGUAAAAUCAUGGGAAAAGUAGCUAACAAAUUUGAAGCUCAUAUUAUUAAAAGAGAGGUUCUUCCAUUGGUAAAAUCACUGUGCCAGGAUGUGGAAUAUGAAGUUAGAACUUGCAUGUGUCGGCAACUGGAGCAUGUAGCUCGAGGAAUAGGGACAGAUCUAACAAAAACCAUGGUGCUUCCUGAGUUAGUGGAACUGGCCAGAGAUGAGGGCAGCAGUGUACGCCUGGCAGCUUUUGAGACUUUAGUGAAUCUGCUCGAUAUGUUUGAUGCAGAUGAUCGGAGUCAAACUGUUCUCCCAUUAGUGAAAUCAUUCUGUGAAAAAUCCUUCAAAGCAGAUGAAUCUAUCAUAGUUUCUUUAUCUUUCCAUUUAGGGAAACUGUGUAAUGGAUUAUAUGGCAUUUUUACUCCUGAACAGCACUUGCGGUUUUUGGAAUUUUAUAAGAAACUUUCCACACUGGGUUUACAGCAGGAAAAUGGGCAUAAUGAUAAUCAACUACAUCUGCAAACUCUGGAACAGGAAAAGAAGUAUAUUUCAGUGAGGAAGAACUGUGCUUACAAUUUUCCAGCCAUGAUUGUUUUUGUGGAUCCAAAGAACUUCCAUUUAGAACUUUAUUCUAUUUUCUUCUGCCUUUGCCAUGACCCCGAAGUUUCUGUCAGAUAUACCAUGGCCGUAAGCUUCUUUGAAGUUGCUAAGCUUUUAAAUUCUGAUGUGUAUACAAUACAUAAAGAACUGGUUACGCUAUUACAGGAUGAGUCACUGGAGGUAUUAGAUGCCCUAGUAGGUCACCUUCCUGAAAUCCUUGAACUAAUGACUAAUGGAGGAGAAAACAAUGGAUCAGAAAGCAAGUUACUUUCUAUUCCUGACUUGAUUCCUGCAUUAACAACAGCAGAACAGAGAGCAGCAACUUCUUUAAAAUGGAGAACGCAUGAGAAGUUACUACAAAAAUAUGCAUGUCUCCCUCAUAUCAUACCAAGUGAUCAGAUCUAUUACCGUUUUCUUCAAAGGAUGUUGACAAUCAUUUUGACAAAUAAUGUCCUGCCAGUCCAAAAAGCAGCUGCUCGGACUCUCUGCGUUUAUUUGCGCUACAAUCGCAAACAAGAACAGAGACAUGAGGUUAUCCAGAAACUGAUCGAACAAUUGGGUCAAGGAAAAAGUUACUGGAACAGACUUCGGUUUUUAGAUACUUGUGAAUUCAUUAUGGAACUGUUUUCAAAAUCAUUCUUCUGUAAAUACUUCUUUUUACCUGUGCUUGAACUUACACAUGACCCGGUGGCAAAUGUCAGAAUGAAGCUAUGCUGUUUGUUGCCAAAAGUAAAAUCUACUCUGAAGAUUCCCACUGAUAAACAUUUACUUCAGCAGCUGGAAUUAUGUAUAAGGAAACUUCUCUGUCAAGAGAAAGACAAAGAUGUCCUGACUAUUGUGAAAAGAACGGUGUUAGAAUUGGACAGAAUGGAGAUCUCUGUAGAUGCUUUUCAGAAAAAGUUUUAUGAAAAUGAUUUGUUGGAUCAAGAAAAAGAGAGACAAGAACAUCUCCUUUUGGAAAUGGAACAAUUAGAAAAAGAGAAACAGAAAAAUGGAGGAAGGUCUGCAAAUAUUAAUGAUAAAAUGUUUGAAAAGAAGCGUAGAGACAGUAAAACAUCAUCAGUGUUGGCAAAAAGUAUCAAUCUCUCUAUUUCUGGAAGCUCUUGUGGUACAUCAGCAGGCAAAGAAGAAAAAAAAUCCAAGCUGGUUCGAAGCCAAUCUUUCAGUACUCAAGUACUGCAUCCAAAAUACAGCAACAUAGACAAGUGUCCUAAUAAAAGUUCUGCUACAGGAUAUACAUCUUCAAUACCAGGAAUGGGAAAGAGUUGUAUGUUAUCCUUUAGUGAUGAUUCAUUCCGGACUCAUUCUGCUGGUAAUAGUGGGAAUGCUGCCUUCCCUUCUAGUUGUUCUCGCAGCUUAUUUAACUCAGCCAACCAAAAGAACAAUGGCAAUAAGGAGGGUCAGUCCCGAAAGAUGAGCGUCAAAAACAGAAAAUCAAACUCCUAGAUCAUCUGACAGAAAAAUGAGGGAACCGGAGAGUGGAGGAAACAACAUUCUGAUGGGAUAAGGUGGGAGCAGCAGAUGGGACUCUCUAGUGCCUGCACUGAAUAAAAUGCAUCCUGCAAUGAUAAAGUAUAAAAUAAAUCUUUUAAAUAAAAUUCCAAGCUGUAAAAUAUGUUCUGAUAAACAAUGUAAAGGUUGCAGAAUUUUAACAUUGUAGUGAAAUGAUAUGAAAUAUGAAAUAUAACUUCAGCUAUGUGCUCUUAACUGCUGCAGCUAAGGAGAAGAUUUUGUUUUCUUCAGUUAUGCCUUUGUAGUUUGAAGUCUUGGAUUUAGAAUGCACAUACCCAUUAUUGAAUUGGCUUAUUUACAACCUUAGCAACUCUUAGCUUCCAUAUUUUAAGCAAGAAACGGAAAUAAUUGUUAUAUGAAAAAGUAAUCUCACGUUUUAAAGAAUCUGCAAACCUAAUUUAAGACCAAAGUCCAGAACCUUUGAUCAGUCUAUAAAAAACCAGACUUUUGAAGCAUUGUGCUGUGAAUUUGGAAUUAAUGUUUUUACAAGUAGUAAGUUCAUAAAAAUUCUGUGUAAGUUUCAAAGAAAUCUAAAAGCAAAUAUCUCCAGAUGUUGUAAAAA